AUGGAAUUGAAGGCUUCUUGGAAAACAUUACGUGAUUCGAAAAGGAGGAACUCUCUUCAACCCAAUCAUUCCGGUAAACCAUGGAUGUACGAAAAGGAUAUGGAAUUUAUGGAUACUCCAGGAAAAACAAACAACUCAGUGCAAUUUUCUCCGCACGAAAGUGAUUCAAAAAGUGGCAUAGUGGAUAGUCCGGAAGGUUCUGCCACUCCAGAAAAUGAAGGAACAACGGAAGAAGCAGCAAGUGCUGCAGCGUCCGAUGAAGUGAAUGAUGACUACUUUGUUCCUGCUGAAAUUGGACAGGAGAGUGCAACAGAAUGUUCGGAACCUUCUAGGAAAAGAAGCUAUGGAGGAGGUGCAGUGUCGAAAAAGAAGAAAAACGAUUCACUGCAAGAAGAAAAAUUAACUAUUCACAAAGCUGUAUUCCAUCAUCCUAUUGUUUUUCGCGGCCAUGCCAAUAUAAUCAUUGUUUAUUCUAGGCCUUGA